CUGGCUGCCACCAUGCCUCUACUGGAAGAAAGCUCUCUGCCCAGGGACUGCCCUCCUACUGUGCCCGUGGUCAUCAUCGGUAAUGGGCCCUCAGGUAUCUGCCUGUCCUACCUGCUGAGUGGCUACACCCCCUACCUGGACCCGGCCACCACGCACCCCAACCCCGUGCUCUACCGCAAGCUGCAGGAGAGCAAGCAUCUGCCCAUCACCCAACAGGACCUGGAAUUCCUGUGCGAGGGCCUGGAGGGCCGCUCGGCCAACCCGGUGGCGGUGCUGUUCGACUCGCUGCUGCACCCCAACGCGGACAUUGGCUUCGAGCUGCCCCCCGUGCUGCAGUGGAGGCUGGAGCCCCAGCGCCACAUCCCACAUCUCGUACUGGGGAAGGCCACCCCGGGGGGCGCCUGGCACGCCAUGGAGGGCUCCAUGCUGACCAUCAGUCUGGGCAUCUGGAUGGAGCUGCCAGGGGUCAACUACAGGGACAUGUGCCCUAGCAACCGCAGAGGGGUGGCGAGUGACCGUGCCUCGCCCGAGGAGAUCUCCUCCUACUACAAGAACUACGUCAAGCUGAUGGGCCUCCAGAAGAACUUUGUGGACAACACCUACGUCACCUCCGUGCAGAGGCUCCAUCGCAGUCACCAUGGUGACGAGCUGACCAACGGUCACCAUGAUGGCAAGGACGGAGGAGGAGGAGGAGGACUGGUGAACGGUGUCAAGAGGAACAGUGUUGGUAAUGGUAUUGCCAAUGGCAUUGCUCACGGUAACGGCGUGGAGAGCAACGGGAGCAGUGACGGCGAGGAGAAGAUGGCCGACGAGGUGGACCAGGGGAGGAAGGCGGUGAAUGGUGGCGGCGGCAUUGGUGAGGGGAGUGUCGGGGUUUCUAAGGGACUGGCACAGGGGCUGUGGGAGGUCCGGGGCUACCAGCGCGUUCAGGGAGACACCCACGUCCCAUUUAGCGUGUUCGCCGAGAACGUGGUCCUGGCAACGGGAGCGUCCGAUUCGCCGGCUCGCCUGGGCGUGGAGGGUGAGGACCUGCCAUUCGUGUUCCACAGCGUGCGAGACCUGGGUGUUGCCGUGAGCAGCGGAAACAAGCUUGGGCCCGCCUCCGAGCCCGUACUGGUGGUAGGGGCGGGGCUGUGUGCGGCCGACGCGGUCCUGUGUGCCCGUAACCACGGCAUCCCUGUGCUGCACGUCUUCCGCAAACGCACCGACGACCCACAGCUCAUCUUCAAGCAGCUGCCCAAGACGCUCUACCCGGAGUACCAUCACGUCUUUAACAUGAUGUGUUCCCACAGCCACCUGGCUCCAGCCAACUCCCCCAGCCCCACUGCCGCCUCUACCAAGCCGGGUUAUGUCAGCUUCCCGGAGCACUGCGUGGUCUCCCUCCAGCCGGACAUGCGCUGCGUUGUGCAGGGCCCGGCCGGGGCAGGCGGGCAGGCGCUGCGGGCCUUCAAGGUGUCCAUGGUGCUGGUCCUGAUCGGCUCGCACCCGAAUCUGUUUUUCCUGAAGGACCAAGGCCGCUACCUGAGCCUGGACCCGAGCCGGCCCGUAUCGUGCAAGCAGAACCCGCUGGACAUUGACCCGUACACGUUCGAGUGCUGCGCGCAGCCUGGCCUGUUUGCCAUGGGCCCGCUGGUGGGCGACAAUUUUGUGCGCUUCCUGAAGGGCGGCGCUCUGGGCAUCGCCAGCUGCCUGCUGAAGAGACUCAAGGAGAAGAAGAAGAAGAGGGGGAAGCUUAUUGCCAAUGGCAGCAGUGGUGGUGGUGGUGGGGGCCUGGGCAGGGGGGAGAAUGGAAGCCUUGGAGGAGGAGGGGGGGGAGGAGGAGGAGGUGGGGGCUUCGUUUGA